UGAUCUGCCAAGGUUAGCGUAUAUUCAAGCUAUCCUGACACACGUGCAUCUAGAUUCAAGUGGUGCACUCCAAACUGUAGACUCUGACGGAGAGAGUUUACGUUUUCUUCAAUGGUGUUAAAAGAUCCUAAUAAAUUUGAUGACAUAGAUGUUAACAAAAAGCACCGCCCACGCGCCAGCGGUCGUAAAGCGCAGAAAAAAUGUCCACGAGAGUCAGCAAUAGCAAACAAUCCUAAGGCAUUUGCUGUCCAACACACAACUAAAGCAUCACGCCUAGUCCAACGUACGCUUGAUCAUCAGACUAAAAGACAUCAUUUAUUACAAUCCAAAUAUGUUUCGGCUGUUUCUCCACCAUAUAUAGUUGCAAUCGUCGGACCUCCGAAAUCAGGCAAAAGCACUCUUCUCCGUGGACUAAUAAAACACUUUGCACACCUAUCAGUCGGUGUCAUUAAAGGUCCGGUGACUGUAGUAGUCGGUAAAAAGGAAAGAUUUACUUUCAUUGAGUGUGGGUGUGAAAUUAACAGUAUGUUAGAUGCUGCAAAGAUCGCUGAUGUCGUUUUGUUACUCGUUAAUGUCCGUGCAGGACUGGAAAUGUAUCAUUUUGAAUUCAUCAAUAUGAUACAAGCUCAUGGAAUGCCGAGAGUUGUUCCUGUUUUGAAUCACUUAGAUACAUUUAAGGAUUCUAGCUCUUCUCGUGCACUUCGAAGAAAAAUUAAACAUCGCUUAUGGACCGAUCUUAACUCCAAAAUAUUUCUCCUCUCACGUUUUCAAGCAAAAAAAUUUCCCUCUCAUACACCAGAUAAACAAAAUGCAGGCGACACUCCAGGUGAUUAUUUGCUAAAUGAAGUCAGACGUUUGGCUCGGUUAAUAAUGGUCAAAACGCCUCGCCCUUCAGAUUGGCGUAGUUCUCAUCCUUACUUACUAAUUGAUCGAAUAGAAGAUGUAACGGACAACAAAACGUUCAACAACAUGAAUAAUGACCGUUGUAUAAGUUUGUACGGGUGGGUUCGUGGUGCCCCCUUACCACCAGCAUUGACAUCUCCUGGGAUACACAUUGCAGGACUUGGUGAUUUUGCUUUAGUUGAAUGCACUCAACAGCCUGAUCCCUGCCCAUUACCGGGUAUGUUCACUCAUUCUAACGGUACUGAUCCUGUGAAAACAACAAGACAUUUGUCUGAACGUGAUCGAAAAAUAUAUGCUCCAAUGUCGAGUCUCGGUGGUGUUCUGUUCGACCGGGACGCGACAUAUAUUGAUCUUGGAGGCAGCCACUAUCUAACUAAUCGUAAAUCUCGACAUGGAAAUAAUCAAACACAAAAUGUUAGCCAGUCUAUGUUAGAUGAAUUACAUGCAACUUUCAAUGAAGUUGGUGGGUUGGAUGAGCGAUUAAAUAAAACACAUAAGGUUCGUAUGGUCAGUAAUGCACCAUUUCUGUCUGCAGAAGAAAUAGCGGAUAAUCAUGAUGGUUUUCAUAAUCUAAACAAUUCGAUGAAUGAUGUUACAAUGGAAGAACCAAAUGAUAUGAACACUGACAAGUGUACUGAUGAAAUACGUGUAUUUUCAGAAGAGCCUAUUGCAGGAUUUCUUGUCCCGGCUGGAUUUCAGGAAAAUGGAAACAUCCAAAAGAAGAACCAAGAUCCGUCAGUGUCGAAAAGUGCACGUAUGCAAGUAAAACAAAUUUUAGAUGAUAUUGAAUGGAAAUCCACAACCGUAUCCUUAGUCAACUGGAACCGUAUUGUUUAUGGUAUAAAUAAUGAUGCAAAUGAAAAUCCCCUUAAAAGUUCUAACCAACCAAUCAUUGGAGAUCAUGAUUUUACUCUUUGUUCAAUUCACAAAUCAACUGUAUUAUCAUGGGAGGAUUCAUCAUCUCAUAAUUUAAUUCGUAAUCUAUUUACCACUGGUCAUUGGGGUGAGAAUGAAGAUGCUCGAACACUAUUGGAAAAAGAUGCUAAAGCACGAGAAGAAUUAAAAAUGAAUGAGGCUAAAAAAUAUGCUGCCGCAUCUGGUAGUCGUGUACAGCAUACUUACCAUGGAAAGCAAUCAUUUUAUGAUAAUGAUUCAGAUGAUUUUGAAGGAGUGGAAAACAAUUCCGAUAACAGUGGUGAUGAUGAUGACGACGAUGUUAAUGAUAGUGAAUCGAAUAAUGAUGAAGAUGUUUAUAAUCAGGAGUCAGACGAUGAAAAUAUUUUCCAUGAUUCAAACUCUGAGGACGAAAAUAAUCCAAGUAACAAUAAAGGUAUUGCAUCAAAGGACUUGGCAAAUUUGGAAAGUGAAUACGAUAAGAAUCUACUACGACCAACUAAACGACAGAAAUUAUUAGAGAAAAGACAACGUCAUAAAGCUUUAUUUAACCAACUCUAUGAGGAAGCUGGUGGUGGUCCUGAAGCUACCGCAUUCUAUGAUAAACUUGUUGCUAUACGUGAAGCACAACAAGCAUUAAAUAGAGAAGUUUUAAAAAGUUUACCUGAAGAAGUUGUUAAUCGUUUAGAAGGUUUUCCACCUGGAGUUUAUGUUCGAAUUGAAAUUAGAGGUGUUCCACAACAAUUUCUGACACGAUUUGAUCCCUGUCAACCAUUAGUUGCUGGUGGCUUAUCCAGUGCUGAAGAAGCUUUCGGUUAUUUACAAAUUCGUUUUCGUACACAUCGUUGGCUUAAACGUGUUCUCCGUUCAAAUGAUCCAUUAACAGUAUCAAUUGGUUGGAGACGAUAUCAAACUGUUACAGUAUUUUCACAAGAAGAGCAUAAUUUGCGUAAACGUUUCCUAAAAUAUUCACUACCACAUGAACAUUGUCUAGCAACUAUUUAUGGUCCAUUAGUACCACCAAAAACUGGAGUAAUUGCUUUUGUGAAUUCUUCUUGGCAGUCAAUUGAUGAUCCAAAAAAUCCACAUUUACCAGCUUUUCGUGUCGCUGGUACUGGCAGUGUUAUUGAUACUAAUCAAUCAUUUCAAAUCAUGAAAAAAUUGAAAUUAAUUGGUGAACCAUUCAAAAUUUUUUCAAAAACCGCAUUUAUUCGCGGUAUGUUUAAUAGUCCUUUAGAAGCGAGUAAAAUGAUUGGUUGUCGUAUACAAACUGCUUCGAAAAUACGAGGUUUAGUUAAAGCUGCAUUAACUAAUCCAUCAACAUCGAAACCUGGUGAUUUUCGUGCUACAUUUGAAGCACAAAUUAGGAAAGCUGAUAUAGUUUUCUUGAGAACAUUUUUCACUGUUGAACUGCCCAAAUAUUAUAAUCCAGUUCUUAAUAGACUUUUACCUAUUGUUGGAGAAAAAGAUACAACUACUACAGGUUGGCGCUUACUUCGUACAUUAGGUGAACUUAAAUGGGAAGCUGGUAUCAAAACAGAAAGUAAUCCAGAUUCACAGUAUAAACCUAUAAAUCGUUCAGUACACAUUACAGCACCUUUACGUAUACCAACCAAACUGGCCGCAGCACUUCCAUUUGCGUAUAAACCUAAGCCAUCACGUAAAGAAGCAUUAGCUAUGCUUGGUGGAGAUCCUGUAAAAGCUGCUUUAAAUGCUGAAAUACCUGCUCCAGUUAAAACUGCUGAUGAAAUAGAAUCUGAGUCAAGACAAGAAUUAAUUAUGCGCCUACGUCAAUUACACUCAGAUUUUAUGCAACGUCAAAAAGAGAAAAUGAUUAAUCGUGUAACAAAACACAAGAAACAAUUAGCUAAAGAAAAUGCCAUUAAAGCUGCUAAUGAACGUAAAAGACGAAAACAAUAUUUUGCUCGUAGAUCAUCCCGUGGCGGUAAACGUUCUCGUCGAUCAAAUGGUGAAGACUAAGCAAAUACACCUCAAAGAUCAUAUUAUACCUUGUACAGUAUAUUAAUGAUAUUUCAAAUGUUUUUUUUUUGUUUUGGCUUUCUACUUUGUGAUUCGAAAUAUUCGAUUUUGAAUGGUUAAGUUGUUAGUUCAAAAUCUCAUCUCAUGUACUUCGAAUUGAAUAAAUGUGAAUAUGAUCAUUAGUCUUCAUACAUAAGUUUAGCUCAAAGCCCCAAAUAGACGAAUCUACAGUAUUGGUUACUGUGCUUACCUUGGAUAUCGACCACACGACGUGAGUAAAUGAAAUGUAUUUACUCAUCUGAGCACUGAACGCUGAUAGCAAAACUUGUUCUUUGUUGUUGAUAUGGGAGCUUCCAAUACAACCUCAUAAUUACUAAUAGUACGAAGGUCGAUUCGAUGCAUCCGGAUAAACUGAACAGCACUUUGACUAUGAUACAGCCUGACGUAUAUAAAAGCGGAGGUGACCAGUCGUAUCUCAAGAAAAACCUAUGCUAUAACUAGUAAUGAGUAACCAGUCAGAAAGCGGGUUAAGCUAUACGUAUCGUUUCAUAAUUGUUGUCACAUGUUAUGUGAUAAACAAUGGUAUCAAUUCGAAAUGAUUAGAAUAAAUGUAUUUGAGAGAGGAGCGACCUUCAACAUUGACAAACUCAGGCUGUUAUAUUCGAAGGCGGUCACAUAAUCAGUCUGAAAUUUAAUGUUCGUUUAUGGAUACAACUCAUGCUAUCUUAGUUUUUCUGUUUAGUUCUAAAUCAAGUAUAGAAAUUCAUUAGAAAAACUCUUGUUCAUUGUACCAACAUAAUUAGACUAGAUGAUGAGCAGUUUAAAUAAAUUGAUGCCCUAAAACACUUGCGUCUAAACUUUAUUAUACAAUUACAUCUAGCUUUAUUAAAUUUCGAUUAUUUCCUGGAAUAAACGUAAUCUAAUAGUCCAGACAAUGUGUUGAAAAUAAUAAAUGAUUCAUUGUAAGAUGGUGGAGGAGAUUUGUUGCUCAGGUAGAUGAUUUUGAUGGAAUUUUAUUCUCUUAGCUGGACGGUUUAGACACGACCAAGCAAAACUCCAUCAAAAUAUAUUCAUUGUUCACUACAUACAUAGUCCUCAAUGUCUAUGGAACUAUUCGUUUAGAUUAUUGACCAUAAUGUUGGUAUAAUACAACACCAUUUUUUAAAGUGUUCUCCACUUAAGCGAUUAUGAGAAUAUUGUUAUUCUUGCAGUGUUUAUAUCUAAGGGAAACCAAUUACAUAAAACAAACUAUCUAAACUAUUGUUCCUCAGAGAAUAUUGAAACUCGUAAAGUUAGGUACAUUCAUCAUGACACCUAAUGCUAAACCAGUCACUAUUUGAAACAAAAGUUGAUACUAAUUGUAAUACAUGGAUUUAAUUUGUAAUGUAUUUGAUUCUAGGAUAAGUUGACUGUCUAGUGUUUCUUCAUAAUUCUCUAAUGAUUCGUUAUCUGAUAUUGAUUCUUGAUGAAAUCUGAAGUUAAUUCGAAUAGUACAAAACCUUUUGUUUUCUGUUUGUAUUUCAACUCAUUCAUGAGGCAAUUUUUUAAUAGUAUCCGUAACUCAUGAUGUUGACAGUUUUUAGCUAGUAAACUUGUACAAUAUUUAUGAAUACGACUCUACUUAAGGAAAGAUUUUUUUUUUUUUAAAAAAAAGUCAUCAGAUAUAUUAUUCUUGAAAUAUACUCAAUGAUACACGAUUCCUUUUGUUUAACAUUCAUUAAUUUCUAUUGUUAAUACGUAAACUUGUCUUCUCUACAAAUCUUGGAAUCAGUCAGUCAGGAUCAGGCACAUAUAUGCAUCGGUCCAAUUUGCCACACCUCAUUAGCACAGCAAGAUGAAUACCGGAUUCAUAGAAGUAGUUAAUUCAGUGGUGGUAAUAUAUAAAGGAAAGAUUGUGUAUAAGGAUAUAGUAUAGGAAGAAACAAUUAGUUCGUAGAAAAAAAGAUAUGAAGUGAUUUUAAUCUCGUAGUUUAAGGGAAGGCAAAGAGUGUAUACACCGACACGAUUGUGAUUCAUUCCGAUCUAUGUCACCCAGAGUAUCCAACCAUUGGUUAUGGUAGUCACGCGGACCCCAACCACGUAGUGUACGUCUGACAACAUGGCUUAGACUAAAAGUCAGUGAGUUCAAGCACUGAUGCAACGUUUUGGUUUGGCCACCCGGUCUUCGAAACAUUGGUUGCGAUACUUGCGCUUUUCUUACAUGUAAGCUACAAAUUGGAUAAUGUUCAUAGAUCUUAUCUGCUAAUAUUUUAUAAAUGUCUGAUGGUUACUCGCAUGAUUAGACUGUUCAAAAUGUGUUAUCUAGAUGUAUUAUUACAAUUCAGAGAAUGAAUGAGUUUACUACAAGAGUAUUUAAUCUAAUUGAAUGUCUCACAUUGUCGUGUAGCACAAAGUUUUGAAAAGUUGUUGGUAAUAAUGAUUUGAUUCGAUAGAUCAAAUCUAUAUGUUAACACUUUUUUCGGUUUUGUUGAUAGAUUUCUAAACAAAAUGUAAAUAGUAAUACUUAUAAGGUGAAAUUGAUACAACCUUUUUACAUACUACUGACUCCUGUUACCCCUCGUGAAGGAGAAUAGGCCGCUCACACCAGCAUUAUCCACCUAAACUUGUCCUUGACAAUCCUUUCCAGCUGCUAUUCAUCCUUCUCAUAUCUGCUUCCGACGCAGUGUGUUCUUUGGCCUUCCUCUUUUUCGUUUCACUUCAGUAUUCCAAGUUAGUUUUUGCCUCAUGAUGCAGUUUGAUGAUUUCCUCAAUGUAUAUCCCCUUCACUUCCAUCGUCUUUUCCUAAUUUCUUCCGCAUUUGGAAGCUGGCUUGUCCUCUCCCACAGUAGGUUGUUGCUGAUGGUAUCCGAUCGACGGAUAUUGAGUAUCUUGCGUAGACAACUAUUUAUAAAUACCUGUACCUUUUUGAUGAUGAUUGUAUUACGUUAUCUUUAUUUUUAAAAGAAUGAUCCCAUCCAAAAUUUCAAAUCACAAUAAGAGUUAAGAUGAAAAGUGUUUCAUGAAAUAUCUGAGUCUUUAAUAUAUAGUAGAGUAGUAGUUUGUCCCCAAAUGCCCUGGUAUGGCUGAGAGUGGGAUAGACCCGCCCUCCUAUCGAAAUGCUCUCACACGGCCACGCGUAUACAGCCUCUGCCAGGGAAGUCCUGCUCACUCUCGUGGCGGGGGUGUUGUUUACAAAAAUGAGAGAACGAAAAGCGAAUGUCCGGCGCUUAACCGGAUCCCAAACCAAUGGUGCACAUGGGCUCCAGUAUCCUGCGGGAACAAAUGGCGUAUGAACCCGUCGUUGGUCACUGGGUACCAUGGGACUGCAUCUCCUCACGAUGCUCCAUUGCCUUGUGGGUUAGACCUUUAGGUCCGGG